AUGAGAUCUUUAGAAUGGGUAGCUGUGUUUUAUGGGCCCUAUGGAAAUAUAGGAAUGACAGAGUGUUUAACAACAAAUACACCUAUAUGGAGACCUCCGGAAGCUAACUGGACAAAGCUCAAUGUCGAUGCUUCUAAUGAUAACUACAAGGCAGGGUGUGCUAUUGUGUCUAGAGACACAGAUGUUCAAUUCAAAGUUUGUGGCACCAAAUAUCAAGCUGUGUUAAAUCCCAUCGAGGCUGAAACUAGAGCAGUCCUGCUGUCCUAUGAAUUCGCAGUCAUGUCUGGUAUCCAAAAUGUGAUUAUAGAAAGUGAUGCUGAGAAGGUUAUCAAGAUGUUAACUGAUGAGAAGAUCCAAAUCCCUUGGAGGUUACUACAGAUUUUCAACCAGAUCAGAGCUCAGUCAAGGAAGCUUAAUGCUGCCAAGUUCAGCUACAUCAAAAGAGAUGGGAAUUCAGUAGCCCAUUCUCUGGAAAAAUAUGCCUUAUCAAACCACUGA